AUGGCUUCUUCUGAUCUUCAAAAGCAGGUUGGCCAGCUCUUCGCGGUGGGGUUCUAUGGCUGCACCCCAAGUCCCGAAAUCAAGACUUUGAUCCAUGACUACCACGUUGGAGGCAUCGUCCUCUUCUCGCGCAAUUUUGAGAAUGCAGAACAGCUUCAGGCCUUGACACUGGCUUUACAGAAUGAAGCCAGAGUGGCUGGACAUGAGCGACCACUGUUGAUCGGAAUUGAUCAGGAGAAUGGACUGGUCACUCGCAUUUCUCCCCCGAUCGCUGCUCAGGUACCAGGGCCUAUGGCACUUGGCGCCACGCAUGACCCGGAGUGCGCCUACAGUGCGGGGAAAGCCACGGGGGAAACCCUGAGUUUCUUCGGAAUUAACAUGAACUAUGCACCAGUGUGCGAUAUCAACUCGGAGCCCUUAAACCCAGUUGUUGGUGUACGCAGCCCUGGCGAUGACCCUGAAUUUGUGGGCCGGUUUGCGAGUGCAGCUGCGCGGGGUCUGCGGGAACAAAACAUCGUCCCCAGCGUAAAGCAUUUUCCAGGUCAUGGAGACACAGCUGUUGACUCGCAUUAUGGACUGCCGGUCAUCCCUAAAACAAGGGAUCAGCUGGAGCGUUGCGAGUUGAUUCCCUUUAGGCGGGCUGUCGCUGAAGGCAUCGAGACCGUCAUGACUGCUCAUAUCUCGCUGCCUUGUAUCGAUCUCAUGCGACCUGCAACACUUUCUCCGGAUGUUAUGGGAAUCUUGCGCAAGGACAUGGCCUAUGAUGGUAUGAUCAUCACAGACUGCCUGGAGAUGGAUGGAAUCCGCUCCACAUACGGUACAGAGGAAGGCUCGGUGCUAGCGUUGCGCGCUGGUAGCGAUAGCAUCAUGAUCUGUCAUACCUUUGAUGUGCAGGUGGCUUCAAUCAAAAGAGUUUGUGAAGCAAUAAAGUCCGGCACAAUUGAUCAAUCACGACUGGCUGACGCUUGUCGCCAUGUGGCUACGGUGAAGGACAAGUUUUUGAACUGGGACGCCGCUCUUCGGCAAUCCACUCUCACAGACUUGAGCUCCCUCAACAAUAGAAUUGCCGAGACGACGAUGGAUAUAUAUUCUCGAUCGACAACACUCGUUCGUGACAAAAAUGGUGUUCUCCCCCUGUCAAGGACUUCAAUCAUAAUCUUCCUCUUCCCUGGAGACAAGACCCCAGUCGGUGGUGCUGUGGAUGGCGAAGGAACGGGACGGCCAGGAUUAUAUCAGUCCAACAAAUACCUUGAUGUUCUGCGGCAACACAACAAUUCCAUUGCUGAGCUCAGAUACGGAGCGACAGGUCUGACUUCGGAGCAAUGGCGAACCAUUGAAGUCGCCGAUGUGGUGAUUUUCACUUCACUCAAUGCAAGAGAGUCGCCAUACCAGGAGCAGCUAGGCCUAGAACUUGCUGAACGUGUUCAUUCAUUGGUGCAUAUUGCUGCCUGCAACCCUUAUGACUUCCUUGAUGCUCCUAGUGUCAAGACUUAUAUUACCACCUACGAGCCGACUAUCGAGGCAUUUUCUGUGGCUGCCGAUAUCAUGUUCGGAUCGCUGAUCCCGACAGGUGCUCUUCCCGUGGGAACGAGUGCUUUGAGCAAGACCUCCGCGGUAGUAACGCCAUUUAACGCACAAAGAGAUCUGGAUGAGGUGCUCGAAGUCUGGGCCGCUGCUCUCCCGACCUACCUUGUUCCUACUGAAAGCUUGCGGUCUCUGAUAGUACGCCCGCAUGGCCACCAUUUCAUCGCUCGCAUUGGAUCGCAGCUAGUAGGCUUCUGUCUUGCUUACACAAAUGACCACGGUGCACCAAACACCGUGUAUAUCACAGUUCUUGCCGUGGCACCAAAGUAUCAACACCAAGGCGUUGGAAUUGCCCUGCUAGAAGAAACGAGAGCAUACUUCAGGGCAACCUUUGGACUCAAUAAUGUGAAGCUGGGCAGCUCAUUCCCCCGCUUUUGGCCCGGGAUACCCCAGGACCUUCCAGAAACAGUGCAACAUUUCUUCACUCACCGUGGUUUCCGACUCAGUCCGCCCAGUGCCCGGUCGGUUGAUUUGUACCAAGAUAUUCGGAACUUCCAGUCGCCAGAGAAGUAUAUCACUCGUGCCCGGGAGCGAGGCUUCCGCUUCGCGCCAUUAAAAUCCGAAGAUUACGAGGCCUGUCUGGCUGGACAAAGAAGAAACUUUUCUAAGAACGGGAGCUGGGUGGAGGCAUACGUCGCAUUACAUCCCGACAAGUAUCCCGACAGUGUGAUGACAGCAUUCGACUCCCAAGGCCAGCAGGUCGGCUGGACGUUAAUGCUCGGUCCAUCAGAUGCUCUGAACAAGUCUUGGGCAUUCCCCCAAACCUGUGGUCCGAAAACAGGGCUGAUCGGUGCCGUGGGAAUUGAUGAGUCCCACCGCAAGUAUGGAAUUGGGCUGGCAUUGGUCUGUCAUGCUAUUGAAAACAUGAAGCAACGAGGCCUUGAAGGCGUCUUUGUAGACUGGGUUGCACUCGACGGGUGGUAUGAGCAGGUUGGUUUUAAGACCUGGCGAAGCUACAGACCCGGAGAGCUUUGA